AUGACUAGAUUACCUACCUUAAAUUUCACCCCAAAAUCCCCUUUUAUGAUCAAGGGAGUUGUAGAUGACUCAUCGGGAAGGGUAGAAAGCAAAUUCUCUCCUCAAGAUUUGGUAUAUGUUACCCAAUGCGAAAGAUCAACACUUCUUCUUCAAGCACAAAAAUGUAUGAAAAUUAUAAUGGAAGAUAAUAAGGAUACAACUGUGGUUGUUGAUGUUGAAUCAAUCACCACUGGUUUUGUUGAAUUUUUGAAAUGCAGAGAUUGUAAAUUAUCUAUUGGAGUUAAAAAGGUCAAAACUCUUCAAUUAGAUUCUGUGAAAAAUUGCAGAAUUGCAUUUAUCAUCUCUGAAGAACAAUUUAGCAACAUUGUUGAUCUUAAUGAUAUUCUUUCACAAAUGAAGAUUGUUUCCAAUUACAAUAUUAGGAAUACCAAGUUCUCUAUUGAAACAGAUAGUGGCAAAAUUCUUCAAGAAUUCACAAUUGAUAUACCAUCCUUGUCGGAAAUGAAAUUGGGAAAAGAUAUGAAAAAUUCGCUUCAGUUCAUUUCAAGAUUUUCAAACAGCCCAAACACAAUUAGUCUAGAAACAGUUGUGGCUAUUCGUGAGGGAAGUGGUUACGUCUCAACUUUUGAAGAGAAGGAAAAGAAGGAUGCAAUUCAAAGAGAGUUUGAAAAGAAAAUGAAAAAUUUCAUGACACCUGUUAUUAAGAAAAAGGGUGAAACUACAAAGAGCACAAGUGUUCCGGUCCCUCCUUCUCAACCAAUCUCUAAUGCUACAACUACUCCAACUCCACAAGUUACCACAGAGUCAGUCUCUUCUUCCUUUUUGGAUCAAAUUAAGAAUUUUGACAAGAAACUAAACAAGACUGAAACAAAAGAAAAGCAUCUUCUUGAUUGUAUUGGUUUUGGUGAAAAUGUUGGUUCUGGAAAAGGAAUUGGAGCAGUGACAGGACUUACUGAAGAUGCCAAGGAAUAUGAAGAAGAAGAACAAGUUGUACAAGAAAAGGCAAAACAAAUGGCAGAUCUAAUUAAGAAUUCUAAACACUGUUGUAUUUAUUCAGGAGCAGGUAUUUCCACAAGUGCCAAAAUUCCAGAUUAUCGUGGACCAAAAGGAUGUUGGACUUUAACCAAUGAAGGAAAAGCUAAUGAAAUUAAGAACAUUGAAAUUGAACAAGCUCUUCCAACAUUUACACACUAUGCUGUUUCUCAUCUUGUCAAGAUUGGUUUGGUAAAGUUUGUUAUUUCAACCAACGUGGACGGUCUUCAUAGAAGAAGUGGUCUUGAACCAGCUCACUUAUCUGAAUUACAUGGUAAUUGCUUCCUUGAAGUAUGUAAGAAAUGCAAGAAGGAAUAUUUGAGAGGAUAUGAUGUUUGUAAAACUGUUGAAAACUUUAGAGAUCACUUGACUGGUAGUUUGUGUGAAAGUUGUGGAGGUGAACUAAUUGACACCAUUGUACAUUUCAAUGAAACCUUGCCACCAAAAGAACUUGAGAGUGCCAUCUCACAUUCAGAGAAAUGUGAUCUAUCCAUUGUUCUUGGAACCUCAAUGCUCGUGAAUCCAGCUGCUCAAUUACCCAAGAUGAAUGUCAAUAAUCUGAUGUGUAUUGUUAAUUUGCAGAAAACUCCUUACGACAAGCAAUCCAAUGUGAGAGUCUUCUCCAAAACUGAUCUCUUUAUGACUCUACUAAUGACAGAAUUGCAAGAGAUUAACAAUAUUGAUACUUCCGUUGAUGCUCUUCAUUCUUCCGAUAAGUAA